CGCUGGGUCCCUGAACGCCUCCUUUCCGUCGACGCGUCGCGCGCUGAUCAGUGAUUGAACCCACCUGUCGGUGAGCAGAGCUCGUGCCGGUCGAAGCGUCGUUUGUCCCGCUGGUUGUGUCCGUUAGUUUACCGGCUCCGGGAUGCAGAAAGGCCUGAAGAAGUACUUCGUCAACAUGGACGAGUACCUGAGCAGUCUGGGACUCUACCGGAAGAUGGUGGCCCGGGACGCGUCCAGUCUGUUCCGAGCCGUGUCAGAGCAGUUGUAUUACUCUCAGAACUACCAUCAGAGGAUCCGUCAGGACUGCGCAGACUUCAUGAGAGCCAACAGAAGCAACUUUGAACCUUUUGUUGAAGGUUCCUUUGAGAAAUACCUGGAGCGUCUGGAGGACCCAAAGGAGACGGUGGGUCAGGUGGAGAUCAAGGCUCUGUCUCAGCUGUACAGGCGCUGUUUCCUGAUCUACCGUUACCCAGGGAAACCAGCCACGGUGAUAUCAGAGGACGACUUUGUGGACAAGGUGACGCUGUGUUGCUCCAUCAACGGUAACUAUGACAUUGUUUACCCGAGGAGUUACCCCGCCGCCGCCGCCCUCUGUCAGUCUCUGCUGUAUGAGCUGCUCUACACUCAGGUGUUCGGUUUGGAGGAGGCGGACCUCUGUCAGGCCAUGGAGACCUUCAGGGUUGGAGGUCGUCGCUAUAGAAACAGCCCAUCGGUGUGCAGUGAUGUGGAUAUCGGAUACGAUAUACCUGAAGACCGAGGUCACAGGGAGGAGCCAGAUGUGGGCGGAGCUUCAGAGGACAAACUGCGAGCUGUGACAGACGAGACAAAGUCGGCUGCAGAAGCCCCACCCCCCUCCAGACUGUCUCUUCCAUAUAAGGUGAUGAAGUCUCUGGAUGGGGAGGUGUACAGGAACCUGGAGUUUGAUGUAUGGCAGGACACCUGCAAAGAGAUGCAGAAGACAGACUACAUGGUGUUUGCAGGAAGGCAGUACUUCCUGGGAGACAAAUGUCAGGUGCGUCUGGAGCCGAAGGGGAAGUACUACAACGCCUUCAUCCAGGAAGUAGGAACUCACUCAUCAGCUGUUACUGUCUUCAUCGAGGAGCUGGGAGAGAAACACCUGGUUCCUCUGACUGACCUGAAACCUGUGAAUCCAGUCCCGGCCUGGAACAUAGCUGCUCCCUCCAGAAAAGGAGACCUGGACUUGGACUCACGCGGUCAGCGUCAUCAGCGCCAUCGUUACUUCAGGAAGUCUCGUGGCAGCAGUGGAGUAAAGGGGGCGGAGCUUUUGAUCCCCCCUCCGGCCUCAUAUGGAGGCCCUGCCCCCUCUCCCCUGCCCCCCCGCUUCCAGCCCACAGGUCACCCUCGCCCCCCACCUCCCCCAUCACCUGGAGCUUUGACCUAUGACCCCUAUGCCCCCCCUCACCACCACCACCACCACCACCCUCCUGCCAGAGCUCCUCGCUACGGAGCCUCCAGAAGCUCCACCCGCUUCCUGAACCGUCACCUGAUUGGUCCACAGUUUACCUAUUACCACCCUGGCAGACGGUAUUACCAUGACUACGAGAACUACGCCUUCAGGUCCCGUCGUAGUCGCCGACAGCUGGCUGCUCUGAAUAAAGAGUGUCAGUUUGGAUUCUCUGCUGAAGCGAGCGAGGAGCCGUCCGAUCUGGACGGCGGCAUGGCGUACUACCAGCUGGACGACGGCGGCGAGGCCGUCUUUCCUCCGCUGACGGGCCAGGCUGUAGCCCCGCCUCCCUCUAUGGGAGCCCCGCCCCCUCCCUCUGGUUCCUCCUACAGGGUUCAGAGAGGCUCAGGACCCCUCCCCGCCGCUCCUCCACCUGGAAGCACCCCCGUGUGCUCGUCUGAGGAGGAGCAGGAGGAAUCGAGUACCGUGGAGGACCAAGAGUACACAGAGGAGUACAUCUACAUCUCUCAGGAUCAGAGCUACCAGACCUCAGGUGUUUACUCUGCUGCUGACCCCUCCCCCAACCAGGCCGAGGAGGACGGAGGUCCAGCUGACUCCCCACAGAGACCAGAGAUUAACUUCAGCUACACACAGCAGGUGGUGAAGCCAUUAGCAGUCAUCUGCUCCUCUCCCUCCUCUUCCUCCUCCUCGCCCUCGUCUCCCUCAUCACAUGUACCUGCUGCUGCUCACCUGCAGCAAGCCACACACACACAGACACGCUCAGUUGCCAUGGCGAUACCAGCCUCUCCCUGGUUGGUUAAUGAACUGGGUGAGACUCUCUGCAGCGUUGUGGCUCCUCCCCCUUACUCCUACGACCCCAAUGGCAGUGAUCUACCUCGAGACUGCAGAGUCCUCCAGUAUUACUUCAACCUGGGAGUCCAGUGGUAUAAUCAGAGCUGUUGGCAGCAGCAGCAGCAGGUGUACCCCCCUACUCCACCUGAGGCCCACUACCCCUACCAGCAUUACAACCCUUACCUGAGCCAGGACACGCCCCCACACGCUGCACCCCCUUCAUACCCUGAGACGUCUCGAGGCCCCCAUCAGCCCCACUCUGCCUACCCAGAAUCCUCCAGGGCUGGAGACGGACAGAAUGAUGGACACAAUAGCGGCCACGCCCCCUCCAUGGAAGGCUCCUCUUCUGCCAGCCCCACUCCUCCAGGUUCCGCCUCUUCCUCAGCUCUCAUGUAUUCGGACCAGGCGCCCCUCCCCCAUGCUCCACUGCUACAUCUUCCAUAUGAAGCUCCGCCCCCAGCCACCUACCUACCAUCAGCCCCUCCCCCGCCUCCUCCUAUUCCCCAUCCUGCUCAUCCUCAUCAGAUCCACCUCCCCCAUCACUCCUCUUACCACCCCUGCCUCCCCUCCUCUACUCACUGGGGGGCCCUGCAGGGCGGAGGUCAUGGUCAACGAGUGUAUUGCCCCUCCCCCAACCCCUCCCACGUGGUCAGCUACAUCACAGCCCCGUCCCAUCAUGCUGCCACACACUACAUGCCCCCCACCAUCUAACGCGCACACACGUGUCCUGCUGAAACCUUUAAUGUUAGCUUGUGGCUAACAGCUCUGUUUGUUUUCAAUGCGCAGUGCUAACAGAAAAAAAAAAUAUUAACAUCAGGUAAAAAAAAACCUCAGACACACAACUGCCUCAUCAUCACUUCCUGUUAGGAAGUUAAUUUUAUUUGUUUGGACAUUUUGUUUUUGUCUGCGAUUACCACGGCAACACAGGUAACAAGGCCCUUUGUUGUCAUAGUGACGAGGAAGAGUUGGAGGAUAGCCUCGAAGUCGACAGAGAAGAAGUCGAUAUAUUUUAGUUUGAAUCAUCAGUUCAGUUUGUUUUGAGCAUAAUCCAGCCAAUCAGAGAGAGGGGGCAUGGUCCCUGUUUAUAGUUUGAGGGGAUGUC